AUGAAUGCGAUCCAUCGAAUCAAUGCUAUCAACCAGAAGGAGCUAGAAAAUAACGUUUCUGAUGAGGCUUCGUGGCAUGCUGACUAUGCGGAUACAUCAUAUAUCUAUAUUGGAAACCUCCAUGAAUCGCUUAAGGAGAAGGACUUGGUGACGAUUUUCUCCCAGUGGGGGAACCCUACGCAUGUGAAUUUGAUCAAGGACCGGGAGUCUGGGAAGUCAAGAGGGUUUGCGUACUUGAAGUAUGAGGACCAUCGCUCUUGUGUACUUGCAGUGGAUAACUUUAAUGGCGUGCUUAUAUACGAGAAGCCUUUGAAAGUGGACCAUACAUACUACCAGCUUCGAGAGGGGCAGGAGGAAGAUGACUUUAUGGUGGAUUACUCGGAAGCAAAGAGGGAACAGGCCAAGAUAGAGGGUCCUAAGGAGAAGAAGGAGAAGGAGAAAGAGGCUAGACAAAGCAUUGAGGCUGGGCCUAUUGCGGAUGUGGUUGAUAUGUCUGUUUCCAAUGCUUUUGUUGCCGACGAUGACGAUUUUAACGAUCCUAUGGCCAAUAUGCUUAAGAGGCCACUGGAAGAGAAGAGCAGACAUAAACAUAAGAAGAGAAGGCAUAGACGGGAGGAUAAGAAGAAGGAGGAGGGGGAUAAAGAGGACGAGAAGAACCAAGAAGACAGUUAA